AGGGGGAGGGGCGGUGCGCGCUGCCGGCAGUUCGUGCCCGCGCGCCGCCGCCGCCGUCUCGGUGGUUGUCUCCGCCGCCGCCGCCGUCUCCGCAGUGAGGUCACGGGUGGGCGGUGCGUGCGCGGCGCCUGCUCCGCUCCCCUGGUGCCGGAGCCCCGCCGCGACGGGCUGUCUGGAAGGACUGACCUCUUCGUUAGCACCAGACAUGCACUGAGCCGAUGGCCUGGAUCCUACCUCUAUUACUAAUAACGUGGGGUGGGAAAAUUCUGACACAAACCAGUGACAUCUGUGCGAAAGGUGACUCUCGAGGGACGUUCAGUUUUUGACUACGAUUUGGACCAGCCUUUAAUUUGGGGAUUUAUUUGUGAGCUGCCAUAGUAACUCUAGUGGCAGUGGUGAAAUCAUGAAGUUGGCAGCACAAUAAAGAGAACCCUUCAGGUUGCGUUUGAUCUCCAGGAGCGGAAAGUGCCGAAUGAAAUUUUCAUACAACUUAAACUAUGGUUUGGAUCAGCUGUGUUAAGAUCGGUGUUCUUUGAACCGAGACCAUUUUUCUACUUUAAUAUUUAAACAGGGACGUACUUGAAAAGGCUGUAUAUUUUUUAGAGGAAAAAAAAAGAUCAAGGAUGCACGCUUGUGUCAACAUGUUGUUUUUUACUGAGUUGCUGUACGAGACUACUGUGUGAAACAGUGGGAAGGGUAUGAAGGGAAGCUUUUUUAUACAUAUUGCAGUGGGGUUUUUAUCUUAGAAAAUUGAACAAAGAACUGUUCAAUUAGAAAAUUUUGCACAACCCUCCAUUAUUGAUUUUAUGGUACAGUGUGCAAAAUGUGUUACAGUUUUUACCGUUGGAGGUUGAAGAAGUAACAUUUUACUGAAAGGGGUGCAAAACUUGGUGUACUUGAGCUUGGUAAUCAAGAGCACUUGACUUCGGGUUUGUUUUGUUUUUUUUUUAUGAACAAGCAGGAAAAUGCACAUUCAAGACUUUAAUUAAUUAAAGUUCUGGUGUUUAGCAAUGGAAAGCCCUCAAAUAAACUUCCCUCUAGGUCUAGUUUCAGACCAAAAAAGGAGUGGGAUCCAAGAGGAUGGGAGUCCUCCAUUAAAAAAAGCAAUGACAGAGAUGCAUGUAAAUGGCAGAGUUGAAGUUGUAAUGAAUAAAUUGCCAACCAUAAAGAAGGAAAACUUGGACGAAUAUGAUGAAACUCCUGUGGAGGCUGAUGGGGAAACUGCCAAGCCAAACAGUACUUCGCUUUCUGAGCCUUUGAAUUUAAAUCCAGGUUUGAAACACACAUUGGCACAGUUCCACCUCAGCAGCCAGAGUUCUCUUGGUGGACCAGCAGCCUUUUCAGCUCGUUAUUCCCAGGAAAGUAUGUCUCCCGCUGUCUUCUUGCCUCUUCCGUCACCACAGAUACUCUCUGGUCCGCUGCUCAUUCCUCCGGACAGCUCCACGGAACUCACCCAGACUGUUCUGGAGGGGGAGUCCAUCUCUUGUUUUAAAGUUGGAGGAGAAAAAAGGCUUUGUCUGCCUCAAGUGUUGAAUUCGGUUCUCCGAGAUUUCUCACUGCAACAGAUCAACACGGUGUGUGAUGAACUGUAUAUAUACUGCUCAAGGUGCACUUCCGACCAGCUUCAUAUCUUGAAGGUUUUGGGAAUUCUUCCAUUUAAUGCUCCAUCCUGCGGAUUAAUUACGCUUACCGAUGCUCAGAGACUAUGCAAUGCUUUACUGCGUCCUCGCACUUUUCCACAAAAUGGCAGUUUUCUCCCUGGUAAGAAUACCUUGGCCCAGUUGAAAGAGACUGGCAGUGCCUUUGAAGUAGAGCAUGAAUGCCUGGGCAAGUGCCAGGGGUUGUUUGCACCUCAGUUCUACCUUGCGCCGGAUGAUCCAUGUAUCCAGUGUUUGGAGUGCUACGGAAUGUUCUCACCCCAGACGUUUGUGAUGCAUUCACACAGAUCCCCGGACAAGAGGACCUGUCACUGGGGAUUUGAAUCGUCCAAGUGGCACUGCUACCUGCAUAUUAACCAAAAAUACUUGGGAACGUCGGAGGAGCAGGAACUAAAGCAUCUGUUGGAGGAAAUGAAGGAGAAAUUCAGUGAGAAAAAUCAGAAAAGAACUCGGUCCAAAGCGGAAUCACAGCAGACCCUGGAAUUACCCCAGUGGUAUCCAGUGAUAAAGCAAGAAGCAGAAACUGAUCCUCAGCCACCCUCCUUUAUCCAUCCAAGUUACUACCUUUAUAUGUGUGAUAAAGUGGUUGCCCCAAAUGUAUCUCUUGCAUCGCAAUGUAAGGAUGUUGCAAAAACAGCAGUCAGAGCUUCAGAAAUAAUUAAAUCCUCACCUGGACAGUCAGAGAGAAAGCUCAGUAGUGGAAAGCACAAAAAAGCUGCCUCCUACCCAGACCUUUCUCUGGAAGAACAGGAAAAAAUUGACUUGAAAGCAGGUGUGGAGCAGCAUAAGCGUUUGGAUCCACCCAUGGCAGUUCGUUCUGCAAGAGGUGGAAGAUCUGAACGUGUUUCUUCCAGAACCACCCGAGACCCUAGUCGUAUUGAAGUAGGUAAUGAUGUACGAACCUUGUCCCCCACUCUCAUGAAGGACAUCAGUUGUGAAGAUGACAAGGGAAGGAUUAUGGAAGAAGUAAUGAAAACCUACAUCAAACAGCAAGAAAAACUAAAUACCAUUUUACAGAGAAAACAGCAGCUUCAGAUGGAAGUGGAAAUGUUAAGCAACUCUAAAUCUAUGAAGGAACUAACUGAAGAGCAGCAGAAUUUACAAAAAGAACUUGAAUGUCUGCAGACAGAGCAUGCCCAAAGAAUGGAAGAAUUUUAUUUUGAGCAGAGAGACUUGGAGAAGAAACUGGACCAAGUGAUGAAGCAAAAGUGCAGCUGUGACUCCAAUUUAGAAAAAGACAAAGAAGCUGAAUAUGCAGCACAGCUAGCAGAAUUGAGACAGAGACUGGAUCAUGCAGAGGCAGAUAGACAAGAGCUUCAGGAUGAACUGAGACAAGAACGAGAGGCAAGAGAAAAGUUAGAAAUGAUGAUAAAGGAGUUGAAGCUGCAGAUCUUGAAAUCUUCAAAAAAUGGGAAAGGAAAAUAGAAAUUGAAAGAGGAAACUUGACUAAGUCCUUCAAACAGGGUGUUUUCAUUUUUAAUGAAUUUUGAGCAGUUUAGUGUGUUGAGAAGUAUUCUCUGCAGAUUUCUAUUUCCCAGACAAGUCCAGAUGACGAUAUACAUAAAUAAAUAUAGAUAGGUGUACAUUUUUAGAUUUUCAUAACCAAUAAAAAUCUGCAUUUAUUUGUACUGGUGUUUUUCUCAAACAAUGAAAAAUGCAAACCUCUUGAUUUAGGGUGACCAGUUCUAUUUCUAAUGCAGUCUUGAGGACUCUAUACCUUUUAAUAUUGUCUGUUAAAAUAUAUGUGGUGAUCUUUUAUUCUGCUAUCAAUUGCACAUUCAGCUAUAAAAGUACAUUUAAAACAUUUUGAGUUCUUCAAGGGCAAAAGUGUAAAUUAUUCAUUCUUGAACUGGGGAAAGUAAAGGCAGCUUUCCAUCUGUAAGGUAAUACUCAAAAUUUCCACAGAGACAAAUGAUGGAUCAUCAAAAGUGAUUUAGCAGCAUGAGUUUUUCCCAUAAUUUCAUUGUGUGAAGUCAAGCUGAUAUUUUCAGAAUUUUCUAUUUAAGAGCUCAUUAAUAAUCUAAAGAAUUUUAGAGCCAGCAUUUGCUUGCCGUGCUGGAAGAAGAAAACAUUAGGGUGUUUUUGUAAAUGAAAAAAAUCACAGUUAUAAUGGAAUCUUUGGGAAUUAAAAACUCACUUUUUUUUUUUUCCUUCUAUUUAGUAGGUAUGAAAGCAAUGUUAAUAAAAACUUACAAGUGGGGGGUUUCCUUUUAGAAACUGAGGAGGCUUGACUUAACUGGUUUUCAGAUAGUAAAGCUUUCAAGAAAAGUAAUAUUUAUUAAAAAAUAUUAUUAGUUUCUCUCGUACCGUAAGCCUCCGCACUUUGAGCUUCUUGCCAACUUGUGGAUCUUUCUUCCAUUACAUAGAACAGGCCUUAACUGACAUUGCGAGAAUAGCUUAAAAAAUAAACUUCUGAGAUAUGGCACUUUGAAAACCAUUUUGAUAGUCUCUGUAUUUGAAUGGCAUGGUAGUGUUACCAUGAAUUAAGAAAUUCAGCAUGUUUGUUAAGCUAUAACAUUUGAAAGUGUGUGAUUGUACAGAAUUGCUGUUUUAUGUAUAUAUAAUGUUUGAGUACUUCAGAAGUCUGGUUCCUAGUGGAUUAAACGCAUGACUACAAAGUUGGUUGAAGAAAUACUUCUUGCACUUCUUUCCAAAAAGUCUGAUACAGCUGACAGACAUUAGCUGAUUUAUGUCAGUGAUUAGAAAUAUUUUAGUAAUUCUAGCAUUUCACUAUGUAGUUUUAACCUUUACUUUGGCUUCUGUUUUUGAGGUAUUUAGGUUUAUUACUCUCUUAAUAAUUCAGUUAAUUUGGGAUGAAACCACUAGUAAAAGCCUACACUGGUAUUUUUUUUAUUAAUUUUUAAUCUCCCCCCUAACUAAUAAAACUGAAAACUUUUGAGUUCACUUUUGUUUCAGUGGUAUGACAAGAGUGAAUAUCACAGAGAAAGAUAAAAUUGCACAACUCUUUAAAGUGGAUGAGAAAUGAGGUGAUAAAUUCCCAUGGAGUCACAGAAUAAUUCUUUUAUAGCUGUAUACAGUUUUGUUUCUGAGCUCUGUGUCAUAUUUACACUGGUAAUUAAAACAGGUUAGAUGGAAAAAAAUCCCAACCAUUUUUUUUCUUUGUCAGUGUUGAUCAGAAACUAUUACAUUUCUUUCCCUUCAUCUCUAAAUUUUUGCUUAAAAAAAAAAAAAGGGGGGGGGAAAAGUCUGUGUUUGCAGCAUAAUUUGGCAGGAAAGGUGCUCACUGUAGAUGGUUCCGAUUGUUUACACACCACUUGCUUUAGAAACACAGUGUUUUACUGUAACAAGCACCAAAACCAUGGUUAAAGGGAGGGAGAGUAGGCAAGAAUGGUGAUAAAAGUGGUUGUUAGGGAAUGGAGCUUGAAGUAGUCAUUGAUGGACUGAACGUAUGUUGGUUUGCUUAGAUGGGCAAGAAGCAAAAUGCUGUCCUAGGAAACAAAAAUUUCAGCUGAGUGUUACUGAAGGAGCAAAAGAGAGCAUUUCUAUUUGCUUUAACAGUGUUUUGAACCAGACUUGUUUGUUUGUCAGUAUAGGUAAGGCCAUACAAACUUGUUUAAUACAGCUGCAGUAACUAAAUUACCACAGUAUUUAUAUUUUAGCUGUUUAAUUUAUGCAAUCCUCAUGGAAUUAUUAUAUUAGAAUACUGUAUAGUCUGUUUCCAUUCAGGUCUUGUCUGUGUUAUGUAGCUUCUGCUCAAGUUUGCCCUUUUGUCACUGGUGUAUCUUCAGCAGUGGCAAUUGCAGCAGAGUGCUGGUGUAUCCUGGGUUACUCUGUGUCAACCAGCUGUUAACUGGCUUACGCUGUGGACUAUUAAAAUGCUGGUGUCCAUAAUUUGUACUAGCAUUUUCACUGUUUCAAGAACUCAAGCAGCUAUAUGAAUUUUAAGCAAUUCCAGCUAUGUAUAUGUCCUCCUAAUCAUUUAAAAACAUCUGGUUGAAAAAGCUGGUAGAACAUUUAUUAAAAUAACUUUAAAAGCAGCUUUGUAAAUACUCCAUUUAGUCAUCUAACGUUAGAAUGCAUUUUAAAUUAUUGUAAUAUUCUUAAAAUUCUUAAAUAUUACUUUCAGGCUCUUUAACAUAAGCAAUUUUCAUAUGUGUAGACUUAAUUUUAUACUGAUUUUAGGUAAUAAUGUAUACAUAAAUGUGCCAUAGAUUUUGUGUGUUCACAGCCUUUGAAAGAUAGUUUUUUAGUAAAUUGUAAAUAGUGCUGUAUCGGUUCUAGAACAAAUAUGUUGACCUUUUUUCACUACCUUAUGCUACUUACAUUGAAUGGUUUAUUUUACAGCCUAAUAUAGGAACUCGGAAUGCACAUUUAAGGGCCUUCAUUUAAGUGCACACUUAAUGGUAGAAACUAAUUCUGUCAUUAGGUCCUCCCUUUUAGUCAUAGCAUGCUCAUUUUCUGUAUUAAUACUUGUUUUGUCUUCAGUUUUUGCUUGCUGAUCUUUCAGGCAGGGAGUAAUUUUCCUGGGUAGUUGUGAUGUGAAACCUGUAGGAAAAAAUUCUAAAGUUGUCUGUAAUCUUGAAAGUUGCAUUAUUAAAUACCCAAACUGAGAUCAAAGUUGCCUAGUGUACCUUCUGGAACAAAGUAAGUAGGGUUCAAGGUGAAUAGCUAGUUUCCUCCUAUAUUUCUUCCAAAAGAGAACUUCCACAUUGCUUUGUGUACUUCAAUCAACAAGAAAACCUAAGAGCUUAAAGAGUAAAACUCCUGCAGUUUUGGCAGUCUGAAAGCACACUCUUUUGCAGCGUAGUGAUGUAUCCCAAGACAAAAGAGAUUUUUAUCUAAAUCUCCAGACUUAGUCUGUGUUUUAGUUUUUGUAGUGUACUGUUCAAUUUGAGUAUUUAGAUAAAUGUAGUUAUGUUUUGCGUUCUUAAACUAAUUUUAUUCUAUAUUUAAUAUAUUGAUAGCUUAGCUGUAAAAUCACUUGUAUAUAGUAAAGGCAUAAAGCAAUUAGUGAAGUAGAAGUUGAGUGGGAUCAUAAAGCUACUGGUGGCCUGAAAGAAUAAGUCUUGGCCCGUAUUUUAGAAGUCACAAUGUUUCCUUCAUACACUCUUGUUUUCUGUUGGGGAGGGGAUAGCUAGAAUGUGUUACGAGAUUUUUGGAGGAGUUUCCUAGCAUUAGGUAUGAAGUUGGCCUUGCCAUGCUGACAUGGUCAGCUUCCUGGAAUUCACUUGUUUGUAGAGUAUAUAUUUUGAUUGUCAGUUAAGAUAACGACUUUGUAUUUUUUUCUGCACUUAAUUCAUGUAAUUGACCCACACAGCAGUUUUCUAUAGGGUGGUGAAGUUGACAAAAGACAUAAUUACACCUACCUGUUAAUCUGUGCUUACAAUAUUUCAGUAAUUUUAUUUAAGCUGUCAGUAGUAAGCAGAAGAAAGCUGUAAAUUUUAAUUUUCUUUUUUUCUCAUUACACUGGCAGUUUGAGUAAUCAUCAGUUUUCAUUACAGAAAAUGUGUAGAAUUUUCAAUUUGUUGCUUAUUUCCAAAAGACACCCAAUUUUCGUUUAGCUUUUGUGAUAGCAGUUACUACUUACAGCUUCUGCGACCGUGUUGUAUGGUGUCUUCACUACUUGGAAAAUUGUGUAUUUUCAGGGUUAGUGGUUCAGUUGGAAAAUGCUUGAAAAAUGAGUUCUAAGCACUUCAUCAAGCACAGCAAACAAAUGGUAUAAAAUUUUGCUAUUUGAAAAUUGAUUAAAUGUAAUAGUAUCAAUUUUUUUUCCUUCGAAUAUAGAUACCUCACUUAAAGGAAAGCACAGCUGUACUGUAUUUAAACUAAUUCUAGGAAAUAAUAAAAAACCGGUCUAAAAUACUUUGUUGCCGUUAUGUUGCUUUCUGUGAUUGACAAAAUCUGGUUUUGUGUUUUCAUACUCUUGAACGUAUUGAUGCUGACAUGCCGGUAUAUAAUGAUCUCAAAUUACAGAAAGUAGCUGCAAAACAACAGUUUGUGUUAGCGCAAGGCAACAGGUUGGAUGGCUAUUCUGAAACCGUAGUAAAAGCCUGUGAAAAAUGAUCAGUGCAUUCAACAAUUUUUAGUACUUUGCCAAUGAUGUACAGUCGUAUUGUUAAGAGUUGCUGUGGUUGCAUUACAUGACACACAAAACUGUCCUCUACCUCACGUGAGAUUUAACAGAUAUUUUAUAUGGUUUUAGUAAACAAGAUGCAUCUAUCUGGUCACUUAGUUUACAAAUUUUAAAUUAUAUUUAUUGAAACAUGACAUACUGUGCUCUUAGCUUAUACCUCAAUUGUAUUUUGUGCUGUUAUCCAUUUUCAUGCUUUGUAAAUACCUGUAUAGAUUGUGGAUUCACAAAAAUAAAGAACUGUAAUGUCAGAACACUUGUCUGUGAUG